GCAGCGGAGGAAGAGGAGCUUGUUCGCCGGUGAGUGAAUGAGCGGUUGGCGCUGCCGCUUGGGGGACUGUUGGUGCAAUGCAACACCGCGUGGCAGCCUGCAGGGCUUGGCCGACAGGCUGAGGAGGGGAGGAGCGGACGUGGAAGCGUGAGCCGGGCUCGACUUGUCCAUGAGAGGCAUCUUUUCCCCAGCGGGGCUGGAGGAAGCCGGGACAAGGGCUUGGCCUUCGCCGUCCUUCGGAUCGCCCUCUGCAGCAGGUGGAUCCUGCCGGUACUGCUCAGGGGAUGAGUACAGCGGGCACUUUGCCCCCUUGGCCUCAGAGUUCCCGUCCUCUGCUUAGGGUUCUGGCGAACACCGGACCUUGGCAGCGCCUGGUGGACCCUGUCCCAGCGCCCUUACUGCUACCUCCAUGGUUCCUGCCCUUCUGUAUCUUCUCCAGAUCAGGACCCUGACUCUUCCUCGCUGAGUCUUACAAUGUGGUUUCAGGAUGCCCCAGCGUCCCGCCAAUGUCUUGCGCUGAGCUUUAGAGCAUCUUGGCUGCUGGUGCUAUUGAGUUUGGGCACUGGUCGGCAAGGGGGGUUGGCGCUGAAUUGCCCCAAGAACUGUGUGUGUGCCAGCAACAUCAUCAGCUGCUCCAAAGCGGACCUGAAAGUCUUCCCUCCUCACCUUCCUCAAUAUGCUGCUGUCCUGGACUUCAGCCACAAUCAGCUGACCCGCCUGCGAGCAGAGUGGACCCCUUUCCAGCUCCCUCAUCUGCAUUCAUUGUUCCUUAGCCACAAUGGCCUUUAUUUCAUCUCCACCGAGGCCUUCUGCAAUGUCCCCCAUCUGAAAUACUUGGACCUCUCCUCCAAUGCCAUUGAUACACUAGGAGAGAACAUCUUUAGUAAACUGACUGAGUUGGAGGUGCUGCUCCUAUAUAGCAACAAGAUCUCCAAGAUUGACCGCUCGGCUUUUGAGGAUAUGGCCAAACUCCGGAAACUGUACCUUAGCCAUAAUGAGAUCUCCCGCUUCCCCCUGGAGCUCAUUAAAAAAGGAGAGGCUAAGCUCCCUGAAUUGGCACUGCUAGACCUUUCUUCCAACAAGAUCAAGAACUUGUUUGUGAAGGAGGUCAAUGGGCUCCCAGCCUGGGUGAAAAAUGGCCUCUAUGUUCACAGCAACCCACUCAGCUGCCACUGUGAGCUUUACAACCUCUUCACCCACUGGCAGAAACGGCAGCUAAGCUCAGCUGUGGACUUUGAGGAAGAGCUCAAAUGCUUGGAUCAGACCAAGGAUAAAAAUGUCUCAAUUUCCAGCCUGUAUGAUCCAGAGGGCAUGAACUGCAGUGCAUUCAAGGAGCAAGCCCUAGAGGUCCACCGUGGGGACCGGGUAACCAUCAAUUGCGAUACUAGGCAACGAGGAGUGACAGUUAAGGAAUGGGUGACACCCCGAUAUGAGCAUGUUCAGCAGGAGGGUGAUAAUAGCUCCAUUACUCUGUUGCCAAAUGGAAGCCUUCAGAUAAACAAUAUCACCAUAGAGGAUAUGGGCCUGUAUACCUGUUAUGCAGUAAGCCAGGUGUUCAAUGAGACCCUCUAUGUACAAGUCACAGUCCAUAACUAUACCCUUCAUGGAGCCCCAGACAUGCUCAACACAGCCUAUACCACACUAGUGGGCUGUAUCCUGAGUGUCAUUCUUGUGCUCAUCUAUCUUUAUCUGACUCCGUGCCGUUGCUGGUGCCGCAGCAAUGAAAAGCAGGCUAACCAACAAGAGGACAGUAUCAACUCUUCAGUGCUCAGUACCACUCCAAAUCACAAUGCUGAAGUAACUGGGGGCAAGGAAGGAUUAAAUCGGAACACGGUGCCAAGCAGAGCCCAAGGCCAGAAUGGCAAAUGCAAGCCCACCAGCUCCCCCAAACAUGCACCCAAAGGAGUCCAGAAGGCAGAGAGAAAAUUGUCUGAUCCGGAUUCAGUCAGUUCAGUCUUCUCGGAUACUCCCAUUGUGGGAGCCUCACCAAAUGAAGGCGGGAGAGGAUGUAGUAGGGACAAGGCAGGGACUGAAUUAGUUGGACUGCUGUGAUCAUUCAGACUAUGGAAGGAAAGAACAGGAACAGGUCCACAUCUUUAUCGACAAGUCAGGCACUACUCUAUAAUCUGCCACAGUCUGUAACAGCAUUCCUGUUUGGUUCCCUUCUUGUUGUGUCCAGUGUUGAAAACCUGAUGUCUCAACUUUCUCUUCAGCAGUUUCUGAGCCUUCUGUUUUUGGAAUGUGAUCUUUCAGUUCCCUUGCAUUGGAAUUUUGCAAAUGUCCCAUUGAGAAAACAGAGAUAAAACAUGAAUGAUCCAGAGUACUAACUAGGCUUCCUGUAUCCUGCUACUGCAUUUGUAUUUCCCCUCUUAGGGGAUUUUCCUCCCAAAUACCCAUGCAAGUAUGAAAUUCAGGAGAGCAGGCCUAUUCACCUAUUGCAGCCAAAAUGUUGUGUGUCAUUUUAUAAUAGGGCCAUAAGCUUUCAGAGGUAUCUGUCUCCUUCCUCAGAUGGAUAAAAUGAGCCUAGAAAUCAUAUUUUUAGCUACCCUUCAUGCAAAUUAAAUCAUAUUGUUCUCUAUAGCUCCAGCUAUAGCAGUAGUCCCAAGUAGCCAAGACAUUGUGAAAAAGAACUUUUAAAAUGCCUAAACAGCUUUUUUUUAAGUAUUGCUAAAACAUUUUUAAAAAAAACCAAAAUGAACAUUUACACCAUACCAGAUUUCUCAGGACAUAAUUCAAAGCCUGUUUUGUGCUUUUUGACGGUGAAAAAAGAUGAAACAAAAUUUGGAAAUAUAGCAGUGAAAGGGGAAAUGAUGCUCUCUCUCCCAUCAAGAGCUUAGUGAAAAGGGGAGUUAACCCCAAAGAUUUUAAACUUUAGAGCAUUAAACUGCAAGAAAGAACCAACAGCCUUGGGAACUGGUAAGCUGGAAUUUUGCAUCCCUACCUUGCUUUCUCUAAGAUGCAACAAAGACAAGAAGACAACAUGGCUGGAUGCAGAUCUACUGCCUUCCUCUUUCAGCUCUUUCUUUGGCAGCUUAAUAGUCAGAUUCCAAUUACAGAUUAUAGUCAAAUUACAUCAGAUUAACAGCUAGGAUUUUAGCACAUCUCCACAUUCUUUCAGAACUUCAGCAAGACAGGAGCCUGUGGCAGUCUAUAUUGCUCCAGAACUAUUUGAUGGCCUCAUCAUCUUCAACCAAGUUUUCUCAUGUUUAUUUAGGAGACCAAGCAUGUUCCAGGUGUUUGGGGGAAAGGGGGAAUUUUAUGAGCCAUUCCAUUAUAGCAGGAGCCAUGCAAUUCCGCUUUGUAAUAUGUAGAUAGGAGCAAUUCUAGCUGGAGACUUUUUCCUGGGAGCUGCUUCUAUGGCCUUUGAACAUCUUCCUAAAACAAAUGGCACUGAGUCUGACACUUAUCUGUUGUUUGUUUAUUUUUUAAAUUCCUCCCUCCCUAUGUUUAAAUUGGUUUUUCCCCCCCAAGGGGUGGAAUGUAGAAACAGAAUGAUAUAAGGAGAUGGUUUUCACAAUAUUGUGAUGCUUCAGUCCACAUUCCCUUUAUGGGGUGAGGUCAUCCAAGCCAAGGAUGCAUCUUGCUCCUAUUCCCAUUUCUCAGGUCCCCCUCAAAAACCCUGUAUGUUGCCUAUUCUGGCCAGUUCAGAAUGCUCCCUUUACUAUAGGUGGACUUGGGGCCAUGAGAAAGAAUUAAUCAAAGGAACAUCUCUUAACAUAGUGUCCUGCAAAGAUUUUUAUUUGCUCUGGAUUCAGAAUCCAUUGCUAGUUACAAUUUAUUUAUUGGUUGCCUCUGGAUAGAGAAGGAUAGCAGAAGUAUAAUAGGCAUAUGCGACACAAUAAGCCAUAGAGUGUAUUGCACAAAGCUGUGAAUGGAUCCAGUUAUCAAAGACCAAACAGCCAUAGCAACUGUGAUCAUAGCCCUAAGGCUCUGCCAUCAGUGUAUAUGGGAACUAAUCUAGGGUUGUUGGAGCUCAAAGUGAUCCUUAAGCCAGAGAAGCAAAUCCCCUCAUUUUAACUAAUUAGAAGUAUCUCUUAAGUCACACUUAACUCCUGGUGAUUUCAUGGAUAUGUCCAUGCAUUCUUUUUGGCAACAAUAUGAAAAUGUUUCCAUUGCUACUGCCAGCAUGUUUUUUUUUUAACUUCCCAUCUAACUUACAGCCCUAGGAAUCCCUAGUAGUCUCCCAUCCAAGCACUAACCAGGUCCAGUUGUGUUUAAAUUUUCAAGAUAAGUCAAGGUUAGCUAGGUGCUGACAUCUGCUACAGGCCUUCACUGAUUAGCUCUGGGACUUUCCAACUUUCCUUUCUUAGUAUAUUAGGAGGAAUGAAACCUCAAAAGAAGUAUGCCAUCAAAGCAA